AUGAACUCGGAUUCCCUGAGAACCCGCUCGCUCUUGUCCGGUGGGCCUCCCGACAUCUCUGCCCUUCACCGCGGCGGGCGCCGUGUGGGCACCUGGACCUCCCUGGGCCUCGGGGACACAAGACGGAUUGCCCGGCAGGUCGAAGCGGCGAACAGAGGCGACAGCGUCCAGGGACUAGGGGCCUCGGUCUUCCUCCGGGCGGUUUCCCGGACUCAACUGAGCGCCGCGGCGACCUCGGCUAGAAGCCGAUUCCCCGCCCUAGUCGAGGUGGUGCGGCCGGAGGAAGCAGGCCCCAGCUCCUCUGAGACUAACUCGGAGGCCAGCAGACAUCCCCGGGGGGUCUCCCUGGCCUCCGAGUUGGACGUUGGUCCGGGAGCAAACCCCGAGCUGCGGCAAAAAGGGCUGGUAGGCUCUCCUGCACCCCCGCUUGCUCCCCCGCCUUCCCUGUGUCCCCCGGCUUUUCCAGGAGGAAGAUGGGGUGCCCAGCGGGGGUGGGGCGCGCCGGGCCGCGGGGCCGGGCUGUCACGUGCCCCCCUCUCCCCGCACCCCCCGCCACUGCGGCGGGAGUUCCAAUCAGAGCGCGCCAGGGGGCUCCUCCCGGGCAGGAACCACCCGGCUCGGCGGCGGAGGGUGGGCCGCCGUCACCUGACCGCCCGCCCCCGCCCCCCGCGAGUAAGGGGCGGUGGUAGCGUCUGCUCGGUUACAAAUGGCCCCUCCCGCCCCGCUCGCCCGCUCGCUCGGGCUCGGCGCGGACCCGCCCGGGAGCACUCCUCCCGCCGGCUGCCGGCGUCCCGCCGCCCUGCCCGGAGCCGGCCGGCGGUCCCCGCCAACCCCCGAGGGCGCUCCUGGCACCCAGCGCGGAGGCUUGCCCGCGGAGGUCGCGCCGGGAGACUGGACCGCGGCGGCGCGCGGCUUGCCUUCCCGCAGGUAUCCUUUGAUAUGGUGGAUGGUGACUCUUCUCCUGCCUGCGAGUGGUGGUUCAAACCAGCGAAGAGACUUCAGACCUGUGGUGACAGAGGCCUUCAAACCUCGCAGGGGGACAUCCUUGGAGCUCCCCGGCCAGAAAGUGCGAGAGGAAGCAGGACUUUGAAAGCAGAGAAAGUAGGUCUGCCGAGAGCCAGAGCCGGCCAGCCAGGCCUCGGAGGUCUCCGUGCCAGUGAAGUAGAAACGCCGAGAAUAAAGCACGAGGGGCACUGCCGAGAGCCAGGUGCUGGAGCCCGGACCCCCUCCGCCGGUACCUCUGCCCGGGGGGCUCAGCCGAGCCCAGACGGACUCUCCCCAGGGCCUGGGCAGGCGACAGGACAAGAGACGUCAGUCACCCCGUGGAUGCCCGAGCUCCGGCUCAACACAUUCCUGCUCCUGUUCCUGACCAAGGGAGACCCCGCCAGCCGAAGGUACCCUGUACACCAGGCCAGUGCGGCUCCCUCCAGCCAGCACCUGCCACGCCUGAUUGUCUACCUUGCAGAAGGUGCUGCAUGGUCUAGCCCUGUGUGCCAAGAUCUGAAGGAAAGACGAAAGGACGGGCUGGACCGCUCAGGUCUUAGUUUAAGUGAUACAUUCACUCAACCAGUAUUUACCAAGCAUCCCCUGCGUGGCCAAGACUGGGGACCUGGGAGGGAGGUUGGAGUCGAGUGGCAGCAGCUCCCCGCACACUGUGUGACAGCUCCACUUCGAACUGAAAGGCGCUCGCGGCAGCACCGGCUUCCUGCAGAGAAAAUGGAGCCACCAGCUCCCUGCGGUGAGGACGGAGUUGUGAUCUCGGGAGGGUUGAGCACCGCCGACCUGCCCCGCUCCUCCUGGUGCUGAGAACACAGCUGUGAGCCGGGCCGGGAUUUUGACACAUGAUGGUGACCGCUCUGACCCGGGCAGAGUGGAGGGAAGGGAGGCGCUAGUGCCAGGAGGGUGGCUCGGACAGUCCUGGAGAGCGAGGGGGCCUUGUGUGGCCACACAGGCCGGGGACACGUCUGUUUCCUAGAUGGUCCCGGGUGCCCUUGGGAACACAUGCCCGCCGUCAGAACAGGUCCCCACGCUGGACGAACCUUACGAGGGCCCUUCCAGGGCAUUGGUGGGUCACACGCUCCCAUCAUGGGUAAUGUGAUCAGUCGGCUGGGCUGAUGGGGGGGCUUCCUUUCCCCAGGGCCCCACAGCCAGGGACCUGGCCGGGGGGAAACUGACAGAGGCCUCCCGAGUGGGAGUAUGGUUAUGUUUGAGUACCUAAGUGACAUCUUCCGUAUGUCACUGCUGUUUUUUAGAGCCAAGGGAGGCAUUGAAAGCAGAGUGGCUGGGUUGGCUAGCGUACUUUCUGAAGCACUAAGGAAAAAGGAGGAUGUCCACCUCUCUGGUUUGCUCUGGUGGGACAGAGCAAGAUCCAGGGCUGCUGCGAUGAACCCAGGCUCCGUCUGUGUCACCUCGGCGCUGUGCUGCUGUCCCCAAGGACGCCAGAGGGAGGGAUAAGAACACACCCGGUGCAGAACGAGGUUACACAGAGCCUGGGUUAAUCAGCACAGCCCUUGAAGUUCCGGGAGUGAGUCUGCUGCUUCUGUGAAGUUCUGUCCUUGACCCCAAACCGCUCAGGCAGCUCUGAAGUUUGUACUGUGUUAUGUUUGGGGACAAGUGUCUUUAGAGUUAAGAGUCCCAGUUUUUCCCAGAAAGGCCUUCCCCCCUUUUUCUUGAACCAUAGAAACAGCACGUCUCUAAGAAUCCAUCUCCUAACCUGUUCCCCCUCUACCACCAGUGGCCAAGUAGGCACCAUUCAGGGUGUGGCCCGCGGUGGUGGCAUCAGCACGUUGGAAGGUGGCCCCCGCCCGCACACACCUGCUGCAUCACAGUCUCGGGGCCUGGGGCCCAGCCUCAGCACAGGGACUGGGUGCUAACAGGACCAACCCCAUCUCUCCUGCUUGUUCCAGACAGAAUGGUCUUUUCCAAACAUGUGCCCAUCUCGUGGGAGCCCCUCCACUCCCUGCCUUAAAACUGCUUAAGGAGUUGGCCUCACCCUAACAGCACUGGCCCCCCAAGUGGCAUCCCCCCCAAGCACCUCUCCAUUCACGCCCUUCCUCUCUCCAGCACCCCUGCCUCAAGACCCCUUUCCAGACCCUCACACCCUCCAAGCUCCCUCCUGCCCCAAGGGCCUUUGUGCAGCUCAGCCCUGUCUGAAUGCCCCCAGUGUACUCCCCUGAUUGGCGGUGAAAUCUGGAGGACACGUAGUCACUAGUCAGGGGAGAGUAUACAGGGAGCAUUCAGACAGGGCUGAGCUGCACCAAGGCCCUGGGGCAGGAGGGAGAUUUCAGCCAGCAUUGACUCCCCAACCCGGAAGGCCAGGUAAGACAGCUGAUGUUGAGAGCAGGCUGAAUUCUGCCUCUACAGAGCACUCGUCCCAUUUUGUCAUGAUGCCUUCACUGGUGGGGAUCUUUGCUGAAUGUAGUCCUCCCCCCGGGCCGAUGCGUCCUGUGGGCAGGGACCCUCAGCUGAGUUCAGCGUCCUUCAAAGUCAAAUGGCUCGCUCUUGCUCAUUGGAGCUUUGAGUCUUUGUUUCCUUCCAGUGACACUGUAGUAACAACAGCAAACACGUAAUAGGAACUGGGGCACGCACUGCUCUGAGCCCUUUGCAUCAUCAGGUACCUCCAGGUGGCAGGUAAGAAGUCAGACCACACCAUCCAUGCUGUUGGUAGUUGGCGCCACUACGCUGCUGCUGAGAAGCCAAAGGGGCAAAGCCGGCACCCUCCUUCGCUGUUGGUGGGGAUGUACACUGGUGAAGCCACUAUGGGAAACAGUAUGGAGGUUCCUCAAAAGAAGCUAAAAAUAGAGUUUCUGUAUGAUUCAGCAGUCCCACCCCCGGGCAUAUAUCUAGAUGAAAUGAGAGAAAGAUAGCGUGCACCCCAGUGUUCACCGCAGCACUGUGUACAAGAGCCGAGACAUGGAAGCAACCUAAAUGUCCAUCAACAAAUGAAAAAGAUGUGGUACAUAUAUAUAACGGAAUAUUACUCGGCCAAGAAUGAAACGAUGCCAUUUGCAGCAACAUGGAUGGACCUAGAGAUUAUCGAACUAAGUGAAGUCAGACAAAGACAAAUAUUAUACACUGUCACUUGUAUGUAGAACCUAAAAUUGGACACAACUGAACCUAUCUGUGAAACAGAUUCACAGACAUAGAGAACAGACUUGGGUUCCCAACGUGGAGAUGGGUGGGAGAGGGGGGAUGGAGUGGGAGUU